AUGGCUCCUACUGCUACCACCGCCACCGCAACAGUCAACAUCCAGAAGAACGCCGUCUCGUCCCCAGACGAGCACGUCACUCCCCUGGAGUCGCCCACCGACUCGGCCGUCUCGAGCUUCUUUGCGCCUGCCUCCUACCGGAGCUCCAUCUCGUCCGUCUCGUCGUCGUCCGAGUUCCCAGCCAAGGAAGAUCUCGAUACCAACAACAAGGCAUCCCAAGAACACCAAACAACACCGCAAGAAGAGCGGCAGCGGCAGCAGCAGCGGUACCCACCCCCGCGGCGAGUCCAGACAGCCCCAGCAUCGACCACCUUCGCCUCGUCACAGCAACAGCAACAACCCACCAAGAAGCACUUAAUCCGCGUCGACGCCAUGUCGCGCGACUUCCCGCCGCCGGCGCGCCAGGCCACGCUCGAGGAGAUGCUGGCGCAGCCGCCGGGCAAGUGGUCGCUGAAGGGCUACGUGCAGCGGGCGCGCGAGGACGUCAAGGGGACAACGAUGGCCGAGGACGACGCUGCUGGCGCCGCCAAGCGCGCGCGCGCCUUUGCCGACGCCAAGCUGGCCCUCCUGCGCGAUAGUGAUGUGCUCAACGAUAGGAUCGGCGGGCUUCCGUAG